AGGGAGAGAGACAGCCUACGAGAGAGUGGCGAGAGUGAAGCUAAAGAGUGAGCGUGAUACAGAGAUUUUCGGUGUUAAUUUGAAAGUUAGGAGUGCACAAACCAGUGUGUAACUUGUGUUUUAUGAUUGUUUGCACGAAAAUCAGUGAGAAGAGAGACAAGCUGCAUGUUGAGAAACGGGAGGAAUUUCUACAUGAAGUUCAGAGACUGUUUACGUUUUGUGUUACCGCUAAUACUAACACUUAGCCACCUGGAAGUAUAAGCUUGAGUCAGUCCAUUACAAGUGAACAGACAUUUUCUAGUUAAAGUUUGACUCCAUCAGUUGAACUGUUUGAGGGGUUUAUCUGCUGCUUUCAACUUGAAGACAGAGAAGAAACCCAGACAGAGCUUAGAGCAACCAGGACUGCACUCGUGAGUUCUUCUGGCAAUGUGGGAGGAGAAAAGAGAAACCGACAGAGUCUGUGGUGAGAUGCUGAUCUGAUGCUGAGCCUGCACCUGUAACUGUGGGAGGAAGGACGGGACUGGAAAAUUAACUCAGGACCCAAAGCUCCACCCUUCAAAAAAUAAACUUAUGAGCACGAGAUACGUCACGCGACCUCGUGACGUAUGUUUCAGAAUAACACAGUGGCAUAGUCGUUGCACCUGGACUGAAGUGCUGAAAGUAAUUUGAGUUGAUUUAGUUACUUACAAAGACUGAGUCCAGAGUUUUUGCCUACAGUCUCCAGCCAUGCCUACUCAGUGUAUAAUUGCAGGUUGUAGCAAUACAUAUAAAGACGGAGUAAGCUUUCAUCGCUUCCCCAAAGAUGAGACCAUCAAAAAGGUAUGGGUCAAGAAGGUGAGGCUGACGCGAGCGAAAUGGAAGGGACCAUCGGCCUCCAGCUCACUGUGCAGUGAACACUUUGCUGACUCAGACUUUCAGGACUCGGGGAGCUAUUACACGCAAUUCGGCAUGAGGAAAAAAAAAACUCCUGAAGUCCACAGCCAUACCCAACGUAACGCUGGGAGUAAAGCGCUCACCAAAACCUCAGCCAACAAGAUCUGCUUGGAUGAAGAGAGAGAGGAAGAGGGUGUUGGAAGAAGCACUUUCAGGUGUGCAAACCGACCAGGCUUCUCCACAUCAAUCCGAGUCAGAACAUGAACCGGGAUGCAGCAGUUGGAUUGAGCAACCUGACACUAGCAGGCAAUCUAGCCAGUCUGCCGGUACCCAGACAUGGGUCCCUACCAGUUCUACGGGAACCCAAACAUGCAGGUCUGCCACAUCAUAUGCAAAGCGUAUCCAGGUGUCAGUACAGACACGUGAUGCUUGGACACAAUACAUUGCACUGGAUGUGACUGGAAGGAGCAGAGGGAGCUUUUGCGACCUGUCAGAGGAGGAAGAAGACCAGAUGGACUUUGAAGAGGCGAGGGAGGAGGAGAAAGGCGCAAUAUCUUCCGACUUCACACCUGGCGGUGAUUCCGACCCUGAGUCUUCUGAUAGCCAAAGCACGCCUGAGAGACCCACACAAAGGCUUCGGAAAUUACAAGGUGGAAGAGCUCCUUCAGUCGAAGUGAGGCACAACAGGCUUAUUCCUCCCCAUGAGGACACUAAGUACAUUGUGUUUGAGACAAAGCUCCUGGACCUCUUCAAGCUCUGCCGGGAUUGCAGGUCAGGCAAUGUCUGCAUCAGCAAAAGACUCAUGGGCACACUACUGAUUAUAACUGUGGAGUGUUACUCAUGCACCAGCACAAACAAGUGGGAAAGCCAGCCUUUCUAUCAAAGUCGUCCAGCAGGAAAUUUGCUGCUAUGUGCUGCAACUCUAUUUGCUGGAGGAAGCUGGAUGAUGAUGUGGCGCAUCCUUUCCCAUCUAAGACUCGUUUGUAUUGCUGACCAGACCUUCUAUACCAUCCAAAGAGACAUCCUGCAACCAGCCAUUGAGUGCCGAUGGUCAGAGGAACAACAGCGAGUCGUUGGACAGCUGCAGUCAACCGGUACCCCUCUUGUUAUCGCCAGCGAUGGACGGGCUGACAGCCCAGGCCACUCUGCCAAAUUUGGGGUGUACACUGGACUGGAGGCCACCCUCAACAAGAUUGUCGAUCUGGAACUGGUGCAGCUCGAAGGAUUCAAAAGACUCCAGGGUUUCCUGUCUCACCAUGGACUGCAGAUUGGUAAACUGAUCACCGAUCGCCAUCGUCAACUGGCCAAGCAUGUCAGGGAAAACCUACCACACGUCUUGCAUACGUAUGAUGUCUGGCAUAUAGCAAAAGCUGUCCAAAAGAAAGUCCAUGCUCUCGCUAAACAGAAGAACUGUGACGAUCUUCUUGGUUGGGAGAAGAGCAUCAACAACCAUGUGUAUUGGGUUGCAUCUUCAACUCGGGACCAAGAAGAGGAGCUUCGUGGUGCAAAAUGGAAUUCCUUGGGAAACCACAUACAGGGGAUCCACUGUGGACAUUCAGCCAUCUUCCCAACCUGUCUUCAUGGAGACCUACAGGAAGAAAGAGCCAAGAAUUGGCUCAAGCCAGGCACAAAAGUGGCCGAAAAGUUUGAUGACAUCAUCAAUAAUACAACCUUGGUGAAGGACAUCAAGAAAAUGUCAUCAGGUCACCAGACAUCUCUUGAAUCCUUCCAUAGUGUCAUCAAUCAAUUUGCGCCAAAAAUGAAGUCGUACAGAUAUCAUGGCAUCCUCAGCAGGAUUCAUUUGGCAGCACUACACUACAAUGCAAACAGUGACAGACAGCAGGCAAGGACAAGUAAAGGGGACUGUAGCGAAGAUUGCGUGUGGGUGGAGCACAGAGGACGGCAGGACAGAGAUCAGGUUUAGCUCUCGGCUUUAUUGCCACACUUUUCAGGUUUACAAUAAUGCUCAACAAAUAGCGAGAGAGACACACACACAGCGUCUCGUCCGGGGAUGCUCCCCUCUGCUCUCGCUCUCCCUCCUUAAAUAGGGCGGUUUACUGGGGAGAACACACAAAACACAGGUUAAUGACACUCAGGUGAAGCGAUUCUGCCACUUACCUUCCCCAGCUCCGCCCUCCUGUCACAGACCGGUGCUUGACCACGCCCCCGCUGCCACAUACCCCCACCGCCCGACUCAGGCCGGGCGCCCGUCCGGCCCGCAGCCGACUCCCCCCCCCCCCCCCCCUUGACGGGAGAGGAAGUCCGCCACGACCAUCUGCGCCCCCGGCCU